AUGGAUAUUUCCAAGAAACGUGCAUGUUGCGCAUGCCAUCAUCGAAGACGUAAGUGUUCUCCAGAUUGCCCUUUCGCUCCUUAUUUUCCGGCCGAUGAACCAAAAAUGUUCGCCAAUGCUCAUCGCUUGUUCGGCAUUUCCGGAAUGUUGAAGACUCUAAAGAAGAUUAGUGAUGAUGAAGGAAAAGAUGCAGCAAUGAAGUCAAUAAUUUUUGAGUCGGAUGUUCGUGCAAAUUUCCCAGUUCAUGGAUGUCUCGGUGUUAUUAUCGUGUAUCAAAGUAUGAUCCAGAAGCACGCGGAAGAGUUGGAUCGAGUAAAAAAGGUACUAAGUUUGUUUCAACAACACAAUCUUGUACCUGAUUUUUCAGUGGAUCAUUCUUUGAUACCUUCUACUAGUUCUCAAAUUCCAAGUUUUAACAAUGUUGGUGAACAAUAUUCAAGUUCUUAUGUUAAUGAUAUCAUCCCUCAUGAUGUUAACAAUAGUCAAGUUCUUGAACAUCUUAGGGUUAUUAUGGAGUAUCAAGAUAUGAUAAAGAAGUGUGAGGAAGAGUUAGAUUAUGUCAAAAAGUUAAUUACUUUUUGUAGGCAAAGUUACCCUUCACAGCAACAAAAUAUUCCACCUAACCCUAAUGGUGGUGUUGAUGCUCAAGGAUCAUUUUAA